AUGCACGAAGCCGAAGAAUCGCUACAAGAACUCCAGCAACUCGCAGAGACUGCUGGCAUUGAAGUCGUCUAUGAGACAAUUCAAUCACGCAAUGCGCCGAAUCCAACUUAUUUCAUUGGCGAAGGUAAGGUUGAAGAACUCAAACCCCUCGUUGAAGAACUUGACGCAGACGCAAUUAUCUUUGACGAAGAGCUAUCACCUGCGCAGAAUCGGAAUCUCGAGAAGGCACUGAUGUCGCCACAAUUGACCGGACAGGACUCAUUCUUCAGGUUUUUGCCCAACGGGCACUCACCAAAGAAGCACGCCUACAAGUAG